AUGAGAGGCCCCCCUUCCCCUGACCCAAGCGUCUCCCGACUUCUUUUCUCCAAGGCUUCCAUCGGUCUAUCUCAAAUGGAGGCAUACUUGCCCAAAAAUCUCGGUUUGCGUGCUACCGUCGCUAUCCUCGUUAUAAGUGUGUUCUAUAUUCUCAGCCUAGUCAUAUAUCGCCUCUUCUUUUCUCCUAUAGCAAAAUUUCCGGGUCCCAAGCUUGCCGCAGUAACGGGUUGGUACGAGUUGUACUACGAUGUUGUCAAGAAAGGGAAAUACCUGUUUGAGAUUGAGAAGAUGCAUGACAAGUAUGGACCAAUUGUAAGGAUUAACCCACAUGAGCUCUCCAUUCGGGACCCAGAAUACUACGAUGAACUCUACGUCGCGGGCUCCGUCCGCCCAACGGAAAGGUAUAAGGGUUUCGUUGAUGGUAUUGUCGACUUUGACGGAUCUCAUCUCGCGACUAUAGGACAUGACCUCCACCGCAAGAGGAGAAAGCCACUCGACCCCUAUUUUUCUCGAGCUGGGGUGACAAAGCUAGAGCCCAUGGUGGCAGAGCUUUGCGAGAAGCUAAUUAUAGAACGGUUCGAAGGGUUUAAGGGAACUGGGAAAGUAGUGAGACUGGAUCAUGCCUUCACAGCCUUCUCUGGCGACGUGAUCAACAGGAUUUGUAUUGAUGACCCGCCCAAUCUCGUGGACGAUCCGGAGUUCGCUCCAUGGUGGUUUGAACUUUUCCAUAGUGGUAUAGUAUCGCUGCCUCUGUUCAUGGGUCUGCCUUGGCUAAUCCAUUUCAUCCGUCUUAUUCCCGAGAGCAUUCUCGCGAAACUGGAUGCCAGGAGUCAGACUUUCAACAAGUUCAAGCUGAUGUGCGACGAACAUCUCCGCGUGGCCAAGCGUGAAAAGGCUGCCCUAGGAUCCAAAGAUACGACAGCGAUGGGUGGGCGCCUCACCCUUUUCCGGCAUAUGGUCAGCAGUGACCUUCCGCCAUCUGAGCUCACAGACGAGCGCCUGUCGAAGGAAGCCCAAGUCCUAAUUGGUUCUGGCACAAUCACCACAGCUGGGACGAUGGGCUUCCUUUGCUAUCACAUAAUGGCCAAUCCAGCUAUCAGGAAACGUUUAGAAGAAGAGCUGAAGCCUGUCAUGGAGGGCUACCCUCAGAGGAAACCGACUUGGGCCCAACUGGAGAAGGUAGCAUAUUUGCAGGCAUUGGUUAAAGAGGGCCUUCGCCUCAGCUACGGCACAAUGCACCGCCGUCCGCGUGUUUCUCCGAAACAAGCUCUCCGGUUCAAGGAGUGGGUGAUCCCAGCCGGCGUUCCGGUUGGCAUGUCCGCAUACUUCGCGCAUCGCAAUCCUCACUUUUUUCCGCGACCAUUAGAAUUUAUACCUGAGCGAUGGCUGGAGAACGUUACUCCCGAGAUGAAUCGCAACUUCAUCCCAUUUUCAAAGGGGUCACGGCACUGUUUGGGAAUGAAUCUUGCCUAUUGUGAACUUAAUCACAUCCUCGCCGCCCUGUUCCGCCCGGGAGGUGCCGGUUUCAGCCUUUACGAGACAGACGAGUCGGACGUCAUGCCAGCUCAUGAUUUGAUAGUACCUUUGCCAAAGCUGGAUACAAAGGGUGUUCGGGUCAUGUUCCAUUAA